AUUCAACUUUGACCUUUAAAUCAGCUGUUGGGGGAUUUCCAUCCUAAAUUACCGACUCAAAUAAUCCUGUUGAUACCGACCCCUGUCCACUGUGCACAGUCAGUGCUCUCAUGGACUUGAAUGACAUCAGAGGGGGCAGGCUGGAUGUGAUCUCAGAAGAGAGCGAGCAGCAGGACUUCAGCAGAGAAUCGAGCACCAUGGAGGCAUACACUGUUGUUCCAGAGCCUGCAGGAAGGACCUUCCAGAGGUUUUCAGUUAACACCAACGAGUCGUUGCGGUUCGAACCCUGUGAAGACAGCUGUCCGUCCCCCACUGGGGCAGAAGAUGGACGUGAUGAUGUGUUUGAGAAGGGAGAAUGUGAGGGUGAGAUCACCUCCACCAGGAAUCAGUUGCUGGGGAAGGUCGCUGAGAUGGAGAACUUUGCUGGUCAUUUGGAGGAAAUCUUUCUCACUGUGGAGGAGAACUUCGGCCGCCAGGAGCAGCACUUGGAGCAGCACUACAACGACGUGCUGCAGACGUUGUCCCAGCGCUAUGACGACAGGGAGACAGGACUGCAGGAGGAGAAGAAGGGUAAGUUGGAGUCCCUGUACAACCAGCUGGUGGCCUGUGGGCAGGCGCUGGACACCUCGAAGGAGCUCAUCGAGACCGCCCAGGAGGUUUACCGCUGCCAGGACAAGAGGCUUUUCCUAAAGACAGUUAUGCCCGUUGUUAAAAGAGUCGAGGAGUUUGCCAAGGAGGACGUCGACCUCUCGCUGUCGACGAGUCUGGAAUUCAUUACGCCGCUGGCCGAUCUGUCAGAUGUGAAAACCAUGAUGGACUCCAUCAAUAUUGUGCCAGCUCCGUCUGCCCCAGUGAUCAACCCGCAGUUGCCCAACUCGGCCACCCAGACCUCCCUGCAUGUGUGCUGGAGCUUAUUCUCCGACGACACGGUGGAGUACUAUGAGCUUUACUACCGACCGGUGCUGGAGGACACGCCCGCAGACGGUACCUGUGCACCGCAGGAAAGCAAGGUAAAAGUGAAGGAGACCCAUUGCACUGUGACAGAACUGCUCCCCAAUGCUCAAUAUGAGCUUUGGGUGACGGCUACCAACACAACAGGCAUCAGCCCAGCGAGUGAGAAGGCCUUGUACAUGACAGUGCCGUCGCCUCCUGUGAUCAAGCAGAGGGAGUGCAGCAGCUGCCCAGAAGCUGCUCUGAUCCGAUGGGAGUCAGGGAACACCAACCCUGUAGACUCCUAUACCGUGGAGCUCAGUGAGACCGGAACUGUUGGCACAGAGAACAGCAUUACUGAGUCCAUAGUGGCCGUGCCCACCUGUCAGUGUCUGAUCCAGCUGCAGGCAGGGCGGCAAUACCUCAUCUCUGUAAGAGCUGUCAACAUUGGAGGUCCAAGUGACAGGAGUGAUGCUAUAACCAUCUCCACAACUGGCACCUUCUUCUACCUUCUGGAGGACACCGCUCAUCCCUGUCUCUCCAUGUCAGAAGACGGCUUCACUAUAUUCUAUGGAGAUGAGGAGUUGCCCAUAACGGCAAUGGCUUUUGAGGACAACACUUUCACAAGAUGUGUAGCCAUUUUGGGGGAUCUGAUUCCAGUGCGAGGCAGGCAUUACUGGGAAGUCGAGGUGGACGAUGAGACGGAGUUUCGUGUCGGAGUUGCGUACGAAGACACAGAGAGGGACGCAUACCUCGGGGCCAAUGGUAGCUCCUGGUGUAUGAGACACAUUCGCACCCCGUCCAGACAUAAGUAUGAGUUCCUGCAUAAUGGCUGGAGUCCAGACUUGAGGAUUACAGUGCAUCCAGUGCGUAUUGGAGUGGCUCUCGACUACGACAGGGGGACUCUGAGCUUCUUCAAUGCUAAUAUGGAGCAACAUCUGCAUACCUUCCACUGUCACUUUCACAAUUAUGUCCACCCGUGUUUCAGCCUGGACAACCCAGGAGCACUUACUGUACAUAAUGGCAUACAAGCUCCUGACUACACCUUCAUCUGACAGGAAGUCGGUGUUAACGAGGUCAUAAACGGAACUAAUAAUUAACCUCAGUUUGCAUUAUAGUGACAUUAAAUGUUACAAAUAAAAUCAUUUACAGUAUGAAUGUUCAGACAGAAAUGCGUCAAUAAAAACAAUGUACUUUC